UUGUGUAAUUAUAAUAAUAACAAUAAUAGUAGUGAUAAUAAUGAUAGUAAUAGUGGUAACGAUGACAAUAAUAAUAACAAUAAUAUUAAUAAUGAUAAUAAUGACAACAACAAUCAUAAUAAUUGCUACAAUGGCAAUGAUGAUAAUAAGAAAUCUAUUUCAGAUGUGCCGGAAAAACACAAGGAAUUAGAAACUGAGAUAGCGCAACUGAAACUGCGACUACGUGAACGAGACCGUGUGAUAUUUGAUCUGGAGGAACAGAUUCGAGGGAAGGAUGCGAUUAUCGUAGAUAAAUGCCAGCUUAUUGAGCGUCUUGAGCAGCCUCUCUACGAUCGAUUUUCACCAGAGGGUUCAAUCGAGGAAACAUCGCAAAGUACGAUUCAGUAUAUGCCACUGAUUAAUAAUAUUGGAUUGAGUGUGGAAGCAAAACUACUGGAAGAAUUGCAGGAAGAAAAAAAUUCACGAGCGAAGCUUGUCGAGCAGAAUGAAUUUUUGCUGCAGCAGUGGGAUGAAGCAUUAGCUUAUGUUGAACAGGCCAGUGCAAGGGAAGCUGAAGGCCGAACUACAACGCGCAAAUUCGUUAAUUGA